AUGUUAGAAUUAAUGAUGCUAAAUGAUGAAAAGCAAUGUGCAGAACACAUUAUGCUGGUUGAUUUGGGCCGAAAUGAUGUUGGAAAGAUCACAUCGGAGUUGCUCGAUGAUUUAACCUGCUGGGAUACACUGCAAGCUACAUUACUAGUUGGAACAGUGAAGGCCAUGGAGCUAAUUGAUCGAUUUGAAGUAACAAGACGAGGGCCUUAUAGUGGAGGCUUUGGAGAAAUUUCGUUUAUGGGAGAUAUGAAAAUCGCACUGGCACUCAGGACAAUGAUAUUCUGUACUGGAGCCCAUUAUAACACAAUAUAUUCUUACAAAGAUGCCAACAAGCGGCAAGAAUGGAUUGCUCAUAUUCAGGCCGGAGCUGGAAUUGUAGCAGAUAGUGAUCCCCAUGAGGAGCAGAUUGAGUGUCAAAGAAAAGCUACUGGGCUUGUUUGCGCCAUUGAGCUGGCUGAAUCAACAUUCGUAAACGUACAUCCAGCAAAGAUUCACAAUGCAUUGUGUUAA